AAACUACAUUACCCAUGAUGCCUUAAGAAGAAAGCCGUAUGUCCGUGUUAGGUUUGACGACGUUUCUCUUUUGAGUUCCUUCUUUAACUGCGGUGUUGAACUUAUUUCACAAAUGUCUUCAGCAGCGGCAUUUUCAGGUUCAGAUUCGAAGACACACAAGCGUGUGUCUGCUAAAUCCAGCCCGGGAUUUCUGGAGAGAUUAGGUGACACUGUUGGUGGAACAGCGGUUGGCAUCGGACUGUUUUUUCUCUCAAUUUAUGUUCUCUUCACCAAUGAGGGGCGAGCUCUGCAGACUGCAUCCUCUCUGGACGAAGGUCUUUCUCAGGUUGUCUCCUUGAUGCCUUCCUUCGGCCUUGACCAGCAGAACAACAACCAUUUAGUUCACCUGUCUACAGAGCUGCAGACCUUACAGCCCCUGCAUGACCCAAACUACGGUGUGGUGGUGCAGGCUGUGAAGCUGAAGAGGCAGGUGGAGAUGUACCAGUGGGUGGAGUACCAGGAGAGCAAGGACUAUCAAGAGAACGGUGAGACCAAAACUGAGACGACGUACACUUACAACACUGAAUGGAAAUCAGAGGUGAUCAACAGCCAUCAUUUCGAUAAGGAAAUUGGUCACCAGAACCCUAGUGCCAUGGCAGUGGAGAGUGUGACCGUCGUGGCUCCUGAAGUCAGAGUUGGGCCUUUUCUUCUUUCUAAAGGACUAGUGGAGAAGAUAAAUAACUUUCAGACUUUGAGUCUGAGGGAUUUUCAGGCUGAUACUUUGGAUCCUUUUCUUACAAUUGAUGAUGAUUAUUUCUAUCACACAUCAAACCCGCGUAGGCCAGAGGUCGGGGACGUGCGUGUGAGGUUCUCCUUUGCUGGACUAAGUGGUGAAGCGUCAAACCUCGGCCCAGCCCAAACUGUCAGCGUUGUGGCCAUGCAGAAAGGUGAUGGUCUGGUGCCUUUUAGGACCAAGUCAGGGGACAGUCUGGAGAUCCUGUACCUGGAGGAACUCACCGCACAGGAGGUAUUUGAGCGGGAGCACCAGUACAACAGUAUGAAGACGUGGGGACUGAGGGCUGCAGGCUGGGCACUGAUGUUCCUCAGUAUUCAGCUGACCACGCGCAUCAUCUACACUUUAGUGGAUUGGGUUCCUGUUCUCAGAGAGCUUGUUUCCAUGGGGCUGAAACUUUUCGCUUUGUGCAUCUCCUGCUCGCUGUCCCUUGUCACCAUUGCAGCAGGUUCUUUUUACCGGCCGUUGGUAGCGAUGGGUCUGGGAGCGCUGGCCAUGCUUCCGGUGCUCAUAUCACGCUCGCAACUUCCAAACAAAAAGAACCAGUGACCAGUCACCUGAAGAUCCUUUAAUUGUUUGAUCUGCUCCUCUGUUUUAUUCUUUCUGAACUCCAUUUUUGUCUGAGUGUUCAUACGGCUUAGCCACCCAUCAGAGGUAUGCAAGUAGGUACGGCUGGUUUUUCCACUGUUGUUUACUGUACAGGGGAUGUAGAUAAUACACUAUUAUAGUAAGAUCUGUUCCCUAAUAAGUACAAUUACAGGUUUACUCUGAAGCCACAACAUCUCAUCCAGGUGAACACGAAUCCUGGGAGUUGGAUGUUAAUAUGAACUGCUCAUGUUUGUAGUAUUCAGCGGGAGGGAGGGGCUAACUAGUUGAUUUACCUAAGCAGGGUGUGAUGGUAGGUAUUUAAAUCCUUAACUGGUGGAUUUGCAUCCCUUAACUUUAUUCAGCAUAUGCAAAUAUUACAACACAAUUUGCAGUUUUUAUCUCUGCCAAGGAGGGAGGGGUAUGGGCCAAGUAGGAACCAGGAACCUUUGGAGUGAGUCUGACUGAGAGUGCUGAACCAGGAUUUUUUUUUUUUUAAACACUUAAACAUUGUGAGAUAGGGUGAGCUAGCUUCACUUAAGUAAUUUAGAGGUGUUCACUCUAGCAGAAAUAAAUGUUUGUAUUUUUGCAGAAUAUCUUACACUCAGUAUAAGUGAGUAAGCUGACUCAUGUCCUACAAUGUUAAAAGUGGGGGGGGGGGUCCUUCAUUUUUUUUAAGAUUUAUGUUUAUGGGACCUGUUUUUGUAUGUAAACAGAAAAUAAGUAAUAACUUGGCAGUUUCUUCCAUACAGCCAGCUGUCAGUGUUAGUAUCCACCUGCUGCACUAUUGGUUUGAAUGAAUUUGUACAUUUAUCAUCCAUGAAUACAUUUUUGUACAAAAUUUCAUUGCAUAUGUUGCUGUUCACAUUUCCACGUCUUCGGGACUGCCUUGAAUGUUGCAUGGUGUUCUAUAGUUGAUUAUUUAAAGUUGAUGUGAAAUUACUGUUUUGAUGGGGGGGGUUUUUGUCUGUUCUUGUCCUGUGUCACUACAGCUGUGGUUUUUGUGUGACAUACAUCAUCUUGUUUUAGAUUUUAUAGCCACACAAAGGAUGGUUUUUAUUUCAAAACUACUCAGCAGGAUUUGGCUCACAAAUUGAAACAGAGGAUUUGAGUGGUUCUUAAUCACCGACUCUUCCUACAUGUUAAGUAGUUUACUGAGUAAUGAACCUUUUGAGGCCUCAGAUACAAACCAACUUGUAACAUAAGCAUGUGCGGUUGUGUUGCCUAUGUACAUCAGUUAUAAAUCUUUGUUUUAACAAGUAACUUACAGUGGACAUUUUCAGAUAGAUUGUGGAAAUUUUUCAGGGUGCCUUUUUUUUUUUUUUUUACUAAUCUGACUUGUGCUAUAUAUUGAUGUUAUUGCAACAGUCAGGUGGUGAGAUCAUCUGAAGUGACAACUUUUGCAGUUGUGAUGGUCAGUUUUACCAAAUUGUUUCAGCUUGAUGAAACGACUUUGGCUAACACCAGCAAGCAGGGAGAAUCUUCAGUCAUUGUACUGUCUUGGAUGUUUAAAAAUAAAGCACUUUGUAUGUGGAAUUUUUUAUUUUUUUUUCCUCAUCUCAUUUUCCCAGUCCCGGUGUAGAAUUGUAUGGACAUUAAGGACAAGGCAUUGUGCAGUACCUGAAAUAUCUUUAGUACUUGAAAUAUUGCCCUAGUGGUCUGAAAUUGAAGGACUGGAUUUGCAAGUGGAGGUGAAAAUGCAAAGGCUAUCAGAUAGGUUGCCUUCACUGUCUGUCCCUCCAUGUUGAUCCAGCAAUUAAUGAGUCAACAAAGUGACACAAGUUAUAAAGAUUCUUACAAAGAAAUUUAUUACACAAAGUUUACAUUUGUGUUUUUUAGUUUCCAGUCUUCCCUUAUGGUGAAGCGUGCACACACAUUUUGAGUUCAAGUGUGCAUGUGUUGAAAUGAGACUACAGGUCACAGUGUAUUGAUACUUCGUCUCAGUAGGCUGUGGAAACAUUCUUCAAAUCAGCAGGCGGGGCUUAAGCACUUAACUCUUUAGCAGGUAUGACAGCAGGUCCCCUGGCCAAAUAUGUAGAUAAAAAGAUUUCUUUAUGCCAAACUUAAUCAUGUUUAAAAAUACAAAAAAAUUUUUUUUUCCAUGACCUCAAAAUUGAAUACUGACAGUACUUGACUACAUUUGCUUAAGAAAAA